AGGCCACAGCAGUGAGGGGCCCGUGUACCGCAAAAAAAAAACCGAAAAAAACAAAGCAUUCUUAAUUAACUACAUUUUCCCCACUACUAAGUACCUUUUCUCAAUGCUCCAUUUCAGAGCACAGUAUACUACAAACUUGUUUAUAUUCUUUGUCUUCAAUUCUAGCCUCUAGUUCCCCUGUGAACCCCACCCAAUCAAGCUUUCACAUCCACCAUCUACUGAUACUUUCUUUUCCAGAGUCACCAAUGACCUCAUCUCUCAAUCGAAUAAUUUAUUUCCUCUUCUCAUCUUGCUUGUUGUAUCGGCAGCAUGUUGCGCACUGGAUCACUCCUUCUUCCUUGAAAGACUGAUUUUCUUGAAAGACUGAUUUUCUUGAAAGACUGAUUUAACCUUUAAAAGUCCGUUUGCUUCAAUUUUCUUCUCACUUCCCUGUUCCCUUCUCGCUGUCCUCUGAUGAAUUUUUCUGAACACCCUGGUUUCUGAACGUGGCAGCCUCCAAAAGUUUUAGUCGUUGAACCUCUUCUCUUGUCUACAUCCGCUGCCUUUCCUCAUCAUCUCUUCUCAAGAGUUUUCAACACCACUUGCCCGUCUCCCAGUUUGCCCUCUCAAGCCCACAUCUCUCCCUUAAAGUCUGGAAUCCUGUGUCCACCUGUCUCCUCGACAUCUCUGCUGGGACAUCUAACAGGCAUCUCCGCCUUAAUUUGUCCGAAACUGACUCCUUGAGAUCCCUGACUGUGUUCCCCCUGCCGUCUAACACAUCUUGCUUGAGGGCGACACCAUGCUUCCUGGGGCUCUGAUGAACAUUUUGGUCAACCUCUAAAGACUCAUGUUGUCUGAGGAAGAAGCCUGGAAGAGGAGGGAGAGGAAAGAAAAGGAGUCAGGAAUGGCUGUGAGUCAGGGACAGUUGACCUUUGAGGAUGUGGCCAUCACGUUCUCUCGGGAAGAGUGGGAAUGCCUGGACCCGGCUCAGAGAGCCUUGUACCGGGACGUGAUGUUGGAGACCUACGGGAACCUGCUCUCCCUGGCUGUCUCUCAUAUACAUGUGAUCAAGAAAUUAAAACCAAAAGCGAACAGUGACACAGGAGAAGUAUUCCAAACAGUGACGUUGGGAAGACAUGAAAGCCAUGAAAUCAGAGAUUUUUACUUCAGGGAGAUCCAGGAAAACAUGCAUGUGUUUGAGUGUCAGUGGAGAGAUGAUGAAAGAAAUUACAAAGGAAUGCCUAUAACCCAUAGUGAAAAUCUCACUGACAGAAAAAAUCAACAUGGUGGAAGGGAUACUGGAAACAAACUUAUUGAAAAUAAGCUUACAUUAAGUUUUCGGGAUGAACUGCAUAUAUUUAAAAGUGAAGAGAAAUUUGAUCAAUUUAAUCAGGCUGACAAGAGUAUCAAGAGUAGUACCUCAUUUUUACCACUUCAGACAAUUUCUCCUAUUGUCCAAACCAACAUUUCUAAUACAUAUAAGAGUGACUUUAUGCAUCCUUCAGUACUGACACAAGACCAGAAAGCAUACAAGGAAAAACCUUACAAAUGUAGUGAGUGUGGCAAAACCUUUCCUUAUGGCUCAAACCUCAGUAGACAUCAGUUAAUCCACACAGGAGAGAAACCAUAUAAUUGUGAUGUAUGUGGUAAGGUGUUUAGUCGAAAUUCACACCUUGCGUGUCAUCAGAGAAUUCAUACUGGAGAGAGACCUUACAAAUGUAAAGAGUGUGGCAAGGCCUUUAACCAGCGCUCAAACCUCACUCGACAUCAGGUCAUCCAUACAAGAGAGAGGGCAUAUGAAUGUGAUGUGUGUGGCAAGGUCUUCAGUCGAAAAUCAAUCCUUGGAAGUCAUCAGACGGUGCAUUUUGGAGAGAAAUCUUACACAUGUAAUGAGUGUGGCAAAGCCUUUAGGAAGCAUUCAAGCCUUACUCAGCAUAAGAGGAUCCAUACUGGAGAGAAGCCUUACCUAUGUGUUGAGUGUGGAAAGGCCUUUAGGAAGCAUUCAAAUCUUACGCAACAUAAGAUAAUCCAUACUGGAGAGAAACCUUACAGAUGUAAUGAGUGUGGCAAAGCCUUCAGUGUGCACUCAGCCCUAAGGAACCAUCGGAUAAUCCACACAGGAGAGAAACCAUACAAAUGUGAUGUGUGUGGCAAGGUCUUUAGUCGAAAUUCAGUCCUUGCAAGUCAUCAGAGGCUGCACACUGGGGAGAAACCUUACAAGUGUCAAGAGUGUGGGAGGUCAUUUAUUCAACGUUCACUCCUUUGGAUUCAUGAGAAAAUUCAUACUGGCGAGAAACCUUACAAAUGUAAUGAGUGCGGCAAAGCCUUUCCCGUGCGGUCAAUCCUUACCCAGCACAUGAGAAUCCAUACUGGAGAGAAACCUUAUAUAUGUGUUGAGUGUGGCAAAGCCUUUACAAAACAUUCAAAUCUUACUCAGCAUAAGACAAUCCAUACUGGAGAGAAACCGUACAAAUGUGAUGAGUGUGGCAGGGCUUUUACCCAAAUUUCAAGUCUUAGUAGGCAUCAGAGAAGGCAUACCGGAAAGAAAACAAAUAAAUGUAGUGUGUGUGUCAAGGCUUUGAUGCAGCAUUCACAGCUUUGGGGUCAUGAGAGAACUCACACUGGAGAACUCAAAUGCAAUUUAUGUGGCAAGGCUUUUACCCAGCACUCAAGCCUUGCGGCACAUCAGAGGAUUCAUAGAGGAGAAAGACCUUAUAAAUGUAAUGAAUGCGAUAAGGCUUUUGUCCAGAAUUCACAGCUUUGGCGUCACAAGAGAACUCAUAUUGGAGAGAAAUCUCAUAAAUGUAAUGAGUGUGGCAAAGCCUUUACAGAUAGUUCACAUCUUAAUCGACAUAAGAUAAUACAUACUGGUGAGAAACCUUACAAAUGUCAUGAGUGUGGCAGAGCUUUUACCCAAUUUACAAACCUUGCUAGGCAUCAGAAAAUACAUACAGAAAAGAAACAUUAUAAAGCUGAUACAUGUGGCAGUGCUUUUAUUAAAAGCUGAAGCUUUGGGGAUCAUUGGAGAAUUCAUAGUAGAAAGAAUAUAAGGAUUGAGAUAAAACUUAUGCAGGUGGUCAAGCCUUAAAAUCAGAGACUCCAUCAAGGAGAGAAAUAUAAAACCUUAAGUAUGUGGCAGAGCUUGCAACCAGGCUUGUGGAACAUAACAGAAUUCUUACUAGAGAGAAACCUUCCAAAUGUAAUGACAGUGACCAGCUUUGUCAGAAAUGUGUACCUUUGUGGUCAUGAAUGAAUUCACAUAAGAUAAAAACUGUACAAGUGUGUCAAGGCCUUUAAGCAGUGACCUCAGGAUACACCACAAAGAAUUCAUACCGGAAAGAAACAUUACAAAUGUAACAAAGGUGAUAAAGUGUUCAACCAGUGCUGUCAGUCGACUUACACAUAAGAAAAUUUAUACUGGGGGAACUAAAUCUGCCAAUAGAGAAAGGACAUCUGUGGGAAAGUUUAAUUAUCUUCAGUUUGUGAAAAUUUUUUAUUCAGUUAUUUGAGGUUUCUUGAAAAGGCUGCAUUAUUGUUGAUGACCUGCAACCUGAAGUUAGAAACCUGUUGAUGUCAUAGUUUCAUUACAUGCUUUUCAUUUGUCACCAUGAUGGUCUCAGGAAAGGGAUCAGUAAGAUGAAAGGAGCUACUUCUUGGGAAUUCCCUGGCGGUCCAGUGGUUAGGACUCCGCACUCUCACUGCCAAGGACCCAGGUUCAGUCCCUGGUCAGGGAACCAAGAUCCCACAAGCUGUACUGCACGGCCAAAAAAGAAAAAAAAAAGGACCUACUUCUUUAGGUGGGGUUUAUUCAUAUCCGUGUAACCUAGAAAAACUAGGACACAAUUUUAAGAUACAAUAUAUAAAUUUGAGAACCUGGGGAGUGACAGAAUAGAUGAACACUAAUAAUACAUUAUUUGGCUGUUUGGGUUGAAUGGCAUCUAUAACAAUCUCUUUCCAUGUUAGACUCAAACAACUUACAGUUUUGAAAAUGUAUAUUCAUAAUUUGCAUUUAGCUAUCAUUCCAUGGUGUAUCCUAGAUUAUUUCGGUGCCUAUAAUAAAAAUACAGUGAAAUUUCAGAUUCUCACACCCUAAUACCUGCCUCCUAACAUUCAUGGGUAUACACGAUAUGAUUAUAGUUUUGCCUGCCUUUUUGUGCGUGGAGGCCAAAAUUAGACCCAUGGAUUGCACCUUUACAUGAAGUGAAAAUAGAAAUAUAGUAAGGAUACGAAAAAUAUAAGAAAAUAGAAGAAAUUUCAGAAGUAAAGAAAUAUAACAGCCUAUUUUUUGUAAUUGGAGCACUCAGGGAAAUAAUUUGAAAGGAUCGGUGUUCAUGAGUUUCCUUUUUUUUUUUUUUGGUGGUACACAGGCCUCUCACCGUUGCGGCCUCUCCCGUUGCGGAGCACAGGCUCCGGACGCGCAGGCUCAGCGGCCAUGGCUUACCGGCCCAGCUGCUCCGCGGCAUGUGGGAUCUUCCCGGAGCGGGGCACGAACCCGUGUCCCCUGCAUCGGCAGGCGGACUCUCAACCACUGUGCCACCAGGGAAGCCCCACAGUAGCCAUUUUGAAAGUCUAUAAAAAUCUGUUUGAAGUUACAGUAAUAAGUAAUAUGUUUCAUAGUUACUAAACUGUAGUAACAUUCCAUUUUGUUAGUCAUAUUUAUCGUCUUUUUAAAAUACUGUUUAGCCCAAUUUGUAUAUUUAAUUUGUAUUUCCUUUUUAUGGAUCCAGUGAAAAAUCUGGAGGAUGCAUAAAUCAAGUUAUUUUCAGUUUUGUGUGGUAUGAAAGUGUACAUAGAGCAAUGACAGGUACAAAGCAUGUGUUAUAUUAAACACAAAGAAAGAG